AUGAACCAAGAAGAUUUAAUUCAAAAAUGUCUUAAUGAAGAACGUAUUAAAUUUUACGAAUAUUACUGCUUCGGGGAUUUUAAGUUGAUCGGAGAAGGAGGAUUUGGAAAAGUACACCGUGCCACUUUUAAGAGCAAUGAAAUUACCGUUGCAAUAAAAUCAUUUAAAAGUAAUGCGUCUAUUAAAGAGAUUGUUAAAGAGCUUAAAUUAUAUUGUAAAGUGGAUAUACAUUCUAAUAUUAUACGUAUGCUCGGUGUUACUAAAAAUGAAGGUAUUUGUGAUGAUGCUGAGCAUCGUCUUGCAUUAACGCUAGACAUUAGCAACGGUGUUCGAGAAAAUCCUAUUGAAGGGACACCAGCAACAUAUGUCAAGAUUUAUACAGACUGUUGGCAACAUGACCCUGAAAGCCGCCCAGAUAUUCAACAUGUCUUUUUUAAUCUGAAAGAUCUAAAUUUCAGUAAUGAACAAGUUACAAAUAUAAUUGUUCAAGAUUCUAAUACUUUAAUAACUCAAAAAUCAAUUCAAACUGAUCAAGAUUAUCGAAAUUGGGAAGAUAUAGUUGAAAUGAGGCUGAGCGAACGAGUUCGAGGCCGGGAGAUAUACUGUUGUAAUUGGGUCCCUUAUAUUAAACUUGGUCCAGAAACUCUUGAUGAUAGUUUUCAAAAAUAUUUUAUAUAA